AUGUUAUGGCAAAUAAUUAAUGUAUUUAGAUCAGUUCAAUGUGAUGUAGAUCCUGCAGGCCUCACUAUGAGUAAAGCAUUUUCAUCGAAGAAAUCUUCCUCAUUUGUCCCACCACCUACACCAAUCACAGUUGCAUCACCAUCCUGUGCAACAAAGAAGCGAAGUCCUAGAAGCCCUUUGCAGGAUCUCAACCGGAUUUCCAGCAGCAGCAACAGUAGUUAUGCUUCUAGCAGUGUCUCCACGGAAGCCCCAAAGGGAUGCCUCAGGUUUUUGUCAUCCUCUUCUUUUAGAACCCCUGCCCACAGACCCAAGAAUCUCACUAAAACUCCAAGCUCAGCCCCUCAUGCAGCUGCAUUGAAACAGUCUAAAUCUAAUUUCUCCAAGGAGAACAUUCCAAAGGGUAAUGCUGGGUUGAAAUCUAAGACACUUGGAUUGGAUAAGGCGCGGAAUCAUAGGAAGAAGCCCCCUUGCAUCUAUCAAUGGCAGUCUGGGAAGAAAUCAAGUUCUCGGACUGCUCAAAACCAAAUGUCUAAGCCUUGUUCCACUUUCAAUGACCAUGGCAAGGUUUUACCUAGGUUGCCAUCCGCAUCAGACGAGUCAAAGGAAAAAGAGAAUAUCUUGGGAGGCAGAGAUGAUACUGCUGGUGAGCAUGCCCAUGUCAAAUUGUGUCAUGGUGAGUCAAACUUGUCUCCUUCAUGUAAAAAGGCUACUGGGUCGUAUUUGGAUGAUGUUAGAGCAUUUGGGGAUGCGGAGGAGAAUCCAAAUGCAAGCAUUAAUAGAACACCUCCAAUUCAUAACUCUGUUUCCCCUGAGAUACAAUGUGGGUCUUCUUUGGUUUCAAAAACAGUAACACCUGCUUGUUAUGGUGCUGGCUAUGUUGUUUCUGGUGUUGCUGACAAGAGGAAAUGUAGGCCCAGAGGGAUUCUCACUGUAGAGAAGAACUAUUCAGGCAGUGAGAAAAGAGCUUCUAGUAGUUUUGAUGAUGAUGAGAAAAUAGUAAUGGACACUAUUAGCCAUGCUAGUCCAUCCUUGUUACCUUUGCCAGCUGAAGCUGUAGUGCAUUGGCUUUCUUCUCCAUGUAACAAGGGAAGGAAAAUUAUGAGUCAGAAGUUUGAAAAUGGACUAGAUAAAAGUCAGGGACUGGCAUCAUCCACAACUCUUUCUUCCGGUACUUCACCAUCAUCUAGUUCCAAGACUUUUUGGAAUGUAAGUGAUAGCAGUGAUUUGUCUGGUGGUGCCAAUGGUAUCAUGAGAAAAAUCAGUUCAAUUUCUCCAAAUGGACUUGCUAAAUUUCAAGUACCCUCUGAUUACAUAUUAUCGCCUUCUUAUUCAUCCUUGUUGUUUUCUCCCAAUCCCACACCUAUUUGUAGGGCAGGUAUCUCAGGAAAGGGAAAAUGCGAUCGAUACAAUCUCAUUGAUGAGAAUUCACCUUUUUCCCUGAAUUCAUUUGGCAGUGGAAAUGUUAUUCAAACUCCACAAUCAGAUUCUAGUUCAGAAUUACAUGUUGGAUUGUCAUUGGUACAUGCAGACAAUCGAAAGGAAGUUAACUCUAACCCUGGCCUUAACUCAUCCAGCAACAUACUUCUAUCAGAAAACUUCCUUCUCAAUAGUUCUAUGCCCCCGGAGGAGUCUGUUAAUUCAAGUUUCCAAUUUGAAUGUUUAACUAUGCCUUGUGAAUCUAUUGAUCUCAGUAAACUUCCCAAAUUUUUAGAUGAGGACCCUUGGUUAUCUAGUUCUACAACAGAGAAUGCUUCACAAUCCCAAAUGAGGAUAUCGUGGAGGGAAGGAUCAACGAGCCAACCUUAUGAGCUGGAUGAGUUUGACUGCUGUAGAUGCUUGUCAGAUGAAGAAGAAAAUGUCAAUGACUCUGGUAUCAGUAAGUUUUCAGGUCCUCAAGUUAUUGUUGAAACAAAUGAUGGUAAAGAAUUAAGCAGUGAUAUUGCAAUUACCAAAACUGAGGAUAAUGAACAGGAAAUUGAUGGGCUUGGCAAAGAAAAAAUUCCAGUUUUGAUGUCAUGUUCAGGUGCUGAGUCCCAAAGCAUUGAUGGUGGUGGUCUAGUUGCUUCAGGGGAUGAUUUAGAUUGGGCUUCACGCCGUGUGAACUAG